CCAACGUAUUACAGCAGUACGCCUCUGCCAGGAGAAUAUAAACUCUCCAUGGCGCCGGUCUGCAACUUGCUUCCUCCGACGCCCCACGAUUGAUCUCGAACUGUCGUCGAGAUGUGGUCCUCAGCUGUCGUUUCCCUUCUGCUCGCCUUCACCUCCAUCGUGGGAGCUGCUCCAGCUCCAAAUGUCGACUCCGACUACGAGUACAUCAUCGUCGGCAGCGGUGCCGGUGGUGGCCCGCUUGCCAGCCGUCUUGCCAGAGCUGGCAAGAAGACUUUAUUGAUUGAAGCCGGUGACGACCAGAUUGGAAACGACAACACAACUGUUCCCGCCUUCCAGGCUAUUGUUACCCAGGACCCGAAGAUGCGAUGGGACUUCUUCGUCAACCACUAUCAAGAUCUCGAACGCGCCAAGCAAGACCCCAAGUUCGCAUACGAUAUCGGAAAUGGCCAGCAGUACGUUGGCCUCACGCCGCCUCCAGGCGCAAAGCCGCUAGGUAUCCUCUAUCCCAGGUCCCAGAUGCUUGGUGGUUGCGUUACCCAUAACGCAUUGAUAUGGAUUACUGCCCAUGAUAGUGAUUGGAACUACAUCUCUACCAUCACUGGCGAUGAUACCUGGGCUGCAUCCAAUAUGGGACAGUACCUGGAUAAGGUCUACGAAUGGCAGUCUAUAUCUUCUACCGACCCAACAAUCCUUCUCCGGGACUUCCAGCUUACCCAGCAUUUAGCAGCCGGAGCUGCUGUAAUGGGUGCUGGACCAAAACCCUUGGAUGGCCUCGUUGGUGUUCUGGGGACCCUCCUUACUGACCCCAAUGGCCGCGUCCCUGGUCGUGACUCUAAAGAAGGCUUGUUUCAGAUCCCCCUUAUUACCUCGGGCGGCGCUCGCAAGAGUGUACGAGAACACAUCCUCGAGACCGUCGAUGAGGGUUACCCCCUGACUAUUCGUCGCAACACUUUCGUUACCAAGGUAGACUUUGAUUCCAGCUCCCCACCAAAGGCCACCGGCGUAUCCUACCUUCAAGGCGCCAACCUGUACAAAGCCAGUCCCCUUAGUGGCGGUCAAGGUACCCCGGGCUCCGUCAAAGCUUCCAAAGAAGUCAUUCUCUCCGGCGGCUCCUAUAACACCGUGCAACUCCUCAAACUCUCCGGCGUUGGUCCCGCCGCCGAACUCCAAAAAUUCAACAUCCCAGUCCUCUCUGAUCUUCCCGGGCUCGGCAAGAACAUGCAAGACCGCUAUGAGAUCCCAAUCACGGCUGCGCACGAGACCGACUUUCCUCUGCUCAAGGGCUGCACCUUUGACAUGAAAGACCACGACGAAUGCUACAAGGAGUGGAAGAAUAACCCUAAUAUUCUGUCUGCCCGCGGCGCAUACGCCACAAACGGCCUCGCCGCAACCAUGUCCGUCCACUCCGACUUCGCCGACACGUCUGACAUCGACCUGUACAUCUUCGGCUCGCCGACAAACUUCACGGGCUACUUCCCCGGCUGGGGUGAUGACGCGGUGCGCACACACAACAACUUCGCCUGGUACGCGCUCAAGGCACACACGCGCAACACAGCCGGCACCGUCGAGCUACGCUCCACCAACCCGCUCGACACGCCCAUCAUCAACUUCAACUACUUCGACACCGGCACCACGACUGAUGGCGCCGACAAGAAGGAUCUCAGCACGCUCGUGCAGGCGCUCAAGAUGGGCCGCGACGCGUUUGACCGCUACCGCAACGAGUAUCCCUUCUUCGGCGGCAGCAAGUUCACGGAGCAGUAUCCGGGCCCGGAAGUGCAGACGGACGAGCAGCUCGAGACGUAUGUGAAGAAUCGUGCCUGGGGCCACCAUGCGUCGUGCACGGCGCCGAUUGGUGCGGAUGACGACCCGAAUGCGGUGCUGGAUAGCAAAUUCAAGGUGCGUGGUGUGCAGGGACUGCGGGUUGUGGAUGCCAGUGUGUUUCCGAAGAUCCCGGGCGUCUUUAUUCAGAGCCCUAUCAUGGUUGUCUCUGAGAAGGCGGCGGAUACGAUUCUGAGUGGGCAUUAGAUUGAGAUAUAAUGGGGGGAUAUAUUCAGUGGUGCUAAGUGACGUAAACGGAAGAAGGGUAAUGUAUAUAUGACGCGUAAUAGCGGUGGACAUGGUAUAUAUAUAUAUAUAAACGACUCACGAAGAAGUCUCCUACUAGUCAGGGGUCGUGUGAAAGAACAAUACAAAAACAUAAUUCAACAAUCC